AUGUUCUCAUAUGUCUUCGGCUCAGCCAGCACCUACUUCCAUCUCCCCAUCGAGGACGACGAGGGCCUCCUCGACGACGACUUCAUCCCCCCCAGCACCCGCUACAUCUCCUGGACCCCCUCGAACUCCCCCUCCUCCGACUCGUCCUCGUCUUCCAGACCUCCUUCUCCGCCCCUCAAGCCAUCAAUACCGCGACAGUCACCGCACGCCAAAGCCGUCAUCACCGAUAUCCUCGCCGAGAACGACUGCUAUGCUGUUCUUGGCAUCCCCCGCUCCCCUCAUCUCGACAAGCUCACCCUCCGACGCGCGUACCUCGCGAGAAGUAAAGCAUGCCAUCCAGACAAAUUUCCCGACAACCCCGAGGCUACCCGCGCUUUUCAGAAGGUCUCAGUCGCGUAUGACAUCCUCAGCACGCCCGCAUCCAAGCGCAUGUACGAUUCCCGCUCCCAGCACGCUCCCUUCGAUUUCUUCUCCUCAAGAACAUUUCCCCAAGCAGAGGAGACCUUCCGCAGUGUCAUCAUAGGCGUCAUAAACGACUUGCUCGACGGCGACCUCGAGAUGGUCCGCACAUUGCUUUUCGCGGUGAACAACAUGAAUCCCUCAUUACAGCUCGGAGAAGAAGGCAUCAACUCCGUGCUCACCACCAUCGAGUCCAUUCGAACCCGCGCUCUCGCGUGCCGGACGUGCGUCUUCGCGCUCCACCACGAGGUCUCGCGCCUGCUCGAGGUCCAGCGCGCGUUCCGGCAGCUCUCCUACUUCGACCUCCGCCGCCGCUCCCACCUCAUGAUCCAGUUCGCCCGGCUGACGAUCAGCAUGCCCAUCGCGCUCGAGGAGGCCCUCCGUGCGCAGAAGGAGGAGGACGACUACGGCGAGGACCCGCCCGCGGACGAGACCGCGCUCGUCAACCGCCGCGUCUUCGUCCUCCUCCGCGGCGUCGUCUCCGUGCUCGAGCGCAUGGAGAAGCUCGUCCAGAAGUGA